UCACGGCUUGCGACGUCAUUAAGCUGCGCAGAGCUGAGGUGGCGUUUGUGAGGAGGUGUUUUCUCUGGCGGCUCACCUGGACUCCUUUGGGUGGCUUUCAUCAUGACUAAACUUCUGCAGUGGCUGUUCGGAGUGUCGCUACUGGUCGCCGGCUGGGCUUUGGUCUCCUUCGACCUGUUGGACCUGAAGCUGCCGCAGCCGUACAGAGAGGUGGCCUGGCCGAUGCCUCUCUACCUGCUGGUGUCGUUUGGCUGCUACUCCCUGGCCACGGUGGGAUACCGGGUGGCCACCUUUAAUGACUGCGAGGAGGCGGCAAAGGAGCUACAGGAGCAGAUAAAAGAAGCCAGAGAGGACCUGAGGAAAAGGGGAUUGAAGAUGUAGAGCUAAAGAGACACUUUUGAGACUGAGAAGGAGAACGAGGACCACUCUGUUACUGGGAUGUUUUGUUCGGGUGUUAAUGAAACUGGACUCUGAACUGACACUGUGUUGAAUGUUUGCAGAAGACGAGAUGUGAAUAUAAAUUGUGUUAAUUAGUAUCCUGUUUUGUUUAGUGGAUGCUGAUGAGACUUGCUGAAAAAAUGACACAUAAUAGACUAGUGUUUUUUUCUUGGUUAUUUGUGAAAAGCAACAAUGUCAACCUUUAUAAAAAAAAAUGUUAAUUCAAAUACAACCUUUUUUCUUAAGUAACUUGAGUUAUACUGAACAAAAAAUAUAAACCCAGCAUGUUAUAUUUGAUUACAUUCUAGCCAGUCUGUAACAAUUCUACAAAAGAUUGGCCAUCAUGAAACAACCAAAUGCACACUAUGUUCUACAUACAUAUUGGCACAAUUGGCUAAAUUUUACCAGAACGAUUAACUUUUCUCUAUGUCACAAAACAGAUCCAUUUGUAUGCUGUGUUUGUAUUUUUGUUAAGUUGUACACCAGUUUUUAGCACAUCUUAAACCGCAUAAAAAAGCAAAGCAGUGAACACAAGCAGUGCUGUCUUUGCUUGGAAGCUACACGCUGCUGAAUUAUUGUCACUGUGAUGCUAAAACAUCAUCUGUAACCAGCUGCUGUUCGCUGAAAUGCCAGCGAAUGAAACACUAAGGUCACAUUGCAACAGUCUGACUAAAGACUGUUUCCACUGAGAAUUCUGGGAUGCUAUCAAUCAGCUCCGUAAUAGUCCUACACAGGCUGGACCUUGUUUUACGUCUGGAGUUUGUUGCUUGUCAGUGUAGAUGGACUAGAUUUUUAUCUGUAAAGAAGCGUACAUUCCACUGUCCAAUUUCAGACUUGUGCCCUGAAGGGGGAUUGCUGAGAAUGAAGUAAACAAUCUAUUUUCUUCA